AAUACUUGAGAGUUUAAAGUGAAAAGAGCUAGUGCGUCUAACGGAAUAAAAGAUUUUUGUAAAAAGUGAAUUUUGAAUAAAUAUAGAAGCUAAUAUUAAAAUAAAUUUCGUGCUUUGUGAAUUAUAAAACAAAAUAAAAUAUAUAAUAUAAAUUUAGACAUAUUGUGAUAGUUCAACUACAGAACUUCAACAUGCAAAUCUUUGUGAAAACUUUGACUGGUAAAACCAUUACUUUGGAAGUCGAGCCAUCCGACACCAUUGAAAAUGUCAAGGCUAAAAUUCAGGAUAAGGAAGGUAUUCCACCAGACCAACAACGUUUAAUUUUUGCUGGUAAGCAAUUGGAGGAUGGGCGUACCCUCUCCGACUACAACAUUCAAAAGGAAUCAACUCUCCACUUGGUCUUGCGUCUACGUGGUGGUAUGCAAAUUUUCGUCAAGACUUUGACUGGCAAAACCAUUACAUUGGAAGUUGAACCAUCUGAUACAAUUGAAAACGUCAAGGCUAAGAUCCAAGAUAAAGAAGGCAUUCCCCCAGACCAACAGCGUUUGAUUUUCGCUGGUAAGCAGUUGGAAGAUGGUCGCACGUUAUCUGACUACAACAUCCAAAAGGAAUCUACUCUCCACUUGGUCUUGCGUCUACGUGGUGGUAUGCAGAUCUUCGUAAAGACCUUGACUGGCAAAACCAUCACUUUGGAGGUCGAGCCAUCUGACACCAUUGAAAAUGUCAAAGCUAAGAUUCAAGACAAAGAAGGUAUUCCUCCAGAUCAACAACGUUUAAUCUUUGCUGGCAAACAACUUGAAGAUGGUCGUACUCUCUCCGAUUACAACAUCCAAAAGGAAUCUACUUUACAUUUGGUAUUGCGUCUACGUGGUGGUAUGCAAAUCUUCGUCAAGACUUUGACUGGCAAAACCAUUACUUUAGAGGUCGAGCCAUCUGACACCAUUGAAAAUGUCAAAGCUAAGAUCCAAGACAAAGAAGGUAUUCCUCCAGAUCAACAGCGUUUGAUUUUCGCUGGCAAGCAGCUUGAAGAUGGUCGUACCUUAUCUGACUACAACAUCCAAAAGGAGUCUACUCUCCACUUGGUCUUGCGUCUACGUGGUGGUAUGCAGAUCUUCGUAAAGACCUUGACUGGCAAAACCAUUACUUUGGAGGUUGAACCAUCUGAUACAAUUGAAAAUGUUAAGGCUAAAAUCCAAGACAAAGAAGGCAUUCCACCAGAUCAGCAGCGUUUGAUUUUCGCUGGCAAGCAGCUUGAAGAUGGUCGUACUUUGUCCGACUACAACAUCCAGAAAGAAUCUACUCUCCACUUGGUCUUGCGUCUACGUGGUGGUAUGCAGAUUUUUGUAAAGACUUUGACCGGUAAAACUAUCACCUUAGAGGUCGAGCCGUCUGAUACUAUCGAGAACGUCAAAGCUAAAAUCCAAGAUAAAGAAGGUAUUCCACCAGAUCAACAGCGUUUGAUUUUUGCUGGUAAGCAGUUGGAAGAUGGUCGCACCUUAUCUGACUACAAUAUCCAAAAGGAAUCAACUCUCCAUUUGGUCUUGCGUUUACGUGGUGGUAUGCAGAUCUUUGUCAAGACUUUGACUGGCAAAACCAUUACAUUGGAAGUUGAACCAUCUGAUACUAUUGAAAAUGUCAAGGCUAAAAUUCAAGACAAAGAGGGCAUUCCCCCAGAUCAGCAGCGUUUGAUUUUCGCUGGUAAGCAGUUGGAAGAUGGUCGUACCUUAUCUGACUACAACAUACAGAAGGAAUCCACACUUCAUUUGGUAUUACGUCUACGUGGUGGUAUGCAGAUCUUCGUAAAGACCUUGACUGGCAAAACCAUCACUUUGGAGGUCGAGCCAUCUGACACUAUUGAAAAUGUGAAAGCUAAGAUUCAAGACAAAGAAGGUAUUCCUCCAGAUCAACAGCGUUUAAUCUUUGCUGGCAAACAACUUGAAGAUGGUCGUACUCUCUCCGAUUACAACAUCCAAAAGGAAUCUACUUUACAUUUGGUAUUGCGUCUACGUGGUGGUAUGCAAAUCUUCGUCAAGACUUUGACUGGCAAAACCAUUACUUUAGAGGUCGAGCCAUCUGACACCAUUGAAAAUGUUAAGGCUAAAAUCCAAGAUAAAGAAGGCAUUCCCCCAGAUCAACAGCGUUUAAUCUUUGCUGGCAAACAACUUGAAGAUGGUCGUACUUUGUCCGACUACAACAUCCAAAAGGAAUCUACUUUACAUUUGGUAUUGCGUUUACGUGGUGGUAUGCAAAUCUUCGUCAAGACUUUGACUGGCAAAACCAUUACUUUAGAGGUCGAGCCAUCUGACACCAUUGAAAAUGUCAAAGCUAAGAUCCAAGACAAAGAAGGUAUUCCUCCAGAUCAACAGCGUUUGAUUUUCGCUGGCAAGCAGCUUGAAGAUGGUCGUACCUUAUCUGACUACAACAUCCAAAAGGAGUCUACUCUCCACUUGGUCUUGCGUCUACGUGGUGGUAUGCAGAUCUUCGUAAAGACCUUGACUGGCAAAACCAUUACUUUGGAGGUUGAACCAUCUGACACCAUUGAAAAUGUUAAAGCUAAGAUCCAAGACAAAGAGGGCAUUCCCCCAGAUCAGCAGCGUUUGAUUUUCGCUGGUAAGCAGUUGGAAGAUGGUCGCACCUUGUCUGACUAUAACAUUCAGAAGGAAUCAACACUUCAUUUGGUCUUGCGCCUUCGUGGUGGGAUGCAGAUCUUUGUUAAAACUUUAACUGGCAAAACCAUAACAUUGGAAGUUGAAGCAUCUGAUACAAUAGAAAAUGUUAAGGCCAAAAUCCAAGAUAAAGAAGGUAUUCCUCCAGACCAACAGCGUUUAAUAUUUGCUGGCAAGCAACUUGAAGACGGUCGUACUUUGUCUGAUUAUAACAUUCAGAAGGAAUCAACACUUCAUUUGGUUCUUCGUCUUCGCGGUGGUAUGCAGAUAUUUGUCAAAACUUUGACUGGAAAAACCAUCACUUUGGAAGUAGAAUCUUCGGACACAAUAGAAAAUGUAAAAUCUAAAAUUCAAGACAAAGAAGGUAUACCGCCAGAUCAACAACGUCUAAUCUUUGCUGGCAAACAACUUGAAGAUGGUCGUACUCUCUCCGACUACAACAUUCAGAAGGAAUCUACUUUGCAUUUGGUGUUACGUCUACGUGGUGGUAUGCAGAUUUUUGUAAAGACUUUGACAGGCAAAACUAUCACCUUAGAGGUCGAACCAUCUGAUAGCAUUGAGAACGUUAAGGCUAAAAUUCAAGACAAAGAGGGCAUUCCUCCAGAUCAACAACGUUUGAUAUUUGCCGGUAAACAAUUGGAAGAUGGACGUACUCUUUCCGAUUACAACAUUCAGAAGGAAUCCACACUUCAUUUGGUAUUACGUCUUCGGGGUGGUAUGCAGAUAUUUGUUAAAACCUUGACUGGCAAAACUAUUACAUUGGAAGUCGAAGCAUCUGACACGAUUGAGAACGUCAAGGCCAAGAUUCAAGAUAAAGAGGGCAUUCCUCCAGACCAACAACGUUUGAUUUUCGCUGGUAAACAAUUGGAAGAUGGACGUACCCUCUCUGAUUACAAUAUUCAAAAGGAAUCUACUUUGCAUUUGGUAUUACGUCUACGUGGCGGUAUGCAGAUUUUCGUUAAGACUUUAACAGGCAAAACGAUCACCUUAGAGGUCGAACCAUCUGAUAGCAUUGAGAACGUUAAGGCUAAAAUUCAAGACAAAGAGGGCAUUCCUCCAGAUCAACAACGUUUGAUAUUUGCCGGUAAACAAUUGGAAGAUGGACGUACUCUUUCCGAUUACAACAUUCAGAAGGAAUCCACACUUCAUUUGGUAUUACGUCUUCGGGGUGGUAUGCAGAUAUUUGUUAAAACCUUGACUGGCAAAACAAUUACGUUGGAAGUCGAAGCAUCUGACACAAUUGAGAACGUCAAGGCCAAGAUUCAAGAUAAAGAGGGCAUUCCUCCAGACCAACAACGUUUGAUUUUCGCUGGUAAGCAAUUGGAAGAUGGACGUACUCUCUCCGAUUACAAUAUUCAGAAGGAAUCUACUUUGCAUUUGGUAUUACGUCUACGUGGCGGUAUGCAGAUUUUCGUUAAGACUUUAACAGGCAAAACGAUCACCUUAGAGGUCGAACCAUCUGAUAGCAUUGAGAACGUUAAGGCUAAAAUUCAAGACAAAGAGGGCAUUCCUCCAGAUCAACAACGUUUGAUAUUUGCCGGUAAACAAUUGGAAGAUGGACGUACUCUCUCCGAUUAUAAUAUUCAAAAGGAAUCUACUUUGCAUUUGGUAUUACGUCUACGUGGCGGUAUGCAGAUAUUUGUUAAAACCCUGACCGGCAAGACCAUUACACUAGAAGUCGAACCAUCUGAUAGUAUUGAGAACGUCAAGGCUAAAAUUCAAGACAAAGAGGGCAUUCCUCCAGACCAACAACGUUUGAUAUUUGCUGGUAAACAAUUGGAAGAUGGUCGCACCCUCUCCGAUUACAAUAUUCAGAAGGAAUCUACUUUGCAUUUGGUAUUACGUCUACGUGGCGGUAUGCAGAUUUUCGUUAAGACUUUAACAGGCAAAACGAUCACCUUAGAGGUCGAACCAUCUGAUAGCAUUGAGAACGUUAAGGCUAAAAUUCAAGACAAAGAGGGCAUUCCUCCAGAUCAACAACGUUUGAUAUUUGCCGGUAAACAAUUGGAAGAUGGACGUACUCUUUCCGAUUACAACAUUCAGAAGGAAUCCACACUUCAUUUGGUAUUACGUCUUCGGGGUGGUAUGCAGAUAUUUGUUAAAACCUUGACUGGCAAAACAAUUACAUUGGAAGUCGAAGCAUCUGACACAAUUGAGAACGUCAAGGCCAAGAUUCAAGAUAAAGAGGGCAUUCCUCCAGACCAACAACGUUUGAUUUUCGCUGGUAAGCAAUUGGAAGAUGGACGUACUCUCUCCGAUUACAAUAUUCAGAAGGAAUCUACUUUGCAUUUGGUAUUACGUCUACGUGGCGGUAUGCAGAUUUUCGUUAAGACUUUAACAGGCAAAACGAUCACCUUAGAGGUCGAACCAUCUGAUAGUAUUGAGAACGUCAAGGCUAAAAUUCAAGACAAAGAGGGCAUUCCUCCAGACCAACAACGUUUGAUAUUUGCCGGUAAACAAUUGGAAGAUGGACGUACUCUUUCCGAUUACAACAUUCAGAAGGAAUCCACACUUCAUUUGGUAUUACGUCUUCGGGGUGGUAUGCAGAUAUUUGUAAAAACCUUGACUGGCAAAACCAUUACAUUGGAAGUCGAAGCAUCUGACACGAUUGAGAACGUCAAGGCCAAAAUUCAAGAUAAAGAAGGCAUUCCUCCAGACCAACAACGUUUGAUUUUCGCUGGUAAACAAUUGGAAGAUGGUCGCACCCUCUCUGACUACAACAUACAGAAAGAAUCCACACUUCAUUUGGUAUUACGCCUACGUGGCGGUAUGCAGAUUUUUGUCAAGACUUUGACCGGUAAAACUAUCACCUUAGAGGUCGAGCCAUCUGAUAGUAUUGAGAAUGUUAAAGCUAAGAUUCAAGAUAAAGAGGGCAUUCCUCCAGAUCAACAACGUCUCAUUUUUGCUGGCAAACAAUUGGAGGAUGGUCGCACUUUAUCUGAUUAUAAUAUUCAGAAGGAGUCUACACUCCAUUUGGUGCUGCGUCUUCGCGGAGGAGUAUUUUGAUGUGUUUUCGGAAAUACAAAAUUCAAAAUUAGCUGUGGCUCAAAUGAAUUCAAUUUUUUUUAUUAAAAACGCCCAUUCGGUAUAAAA